AUGCUUAAACAGAAGAAUGGUUUUUACAUAUUCAUAAGAACUAUAUUAUUAUCAUUACUAAUAUAUAUAUGGUCAGGUGAAAAUGUUAUGACAUACAAUAGAAAUAUCAAACGUAGAAAGAAUUUAUCGUUUUACAUAUAUAAUAAUAAUAUAUAUGAUUCAAAACUUGUUUAUAAUAUAUAUAAGAAGGAUAUUAAAAAACAAAAAAAGUGUCAUAUUAAAAAAAUUAAGAAUCACCAUUUUUUAGAACAUAUAAACAAUAACACGGAUAGUAACAAAUAUAUAUCAAAUAAAAAUGAUUUAUUAAAACAUUUAGAAAUAUUAAGUCAACAAUUGUUAGAAAAAAAAUUACAACCAUUUGAAAAAAUACUAGAAGAAAGAAAUAAUAUAAAUAAUGAAGAAAAUAAAAAUAACAAUAAAAAUAAUUUUUCUAUAAAUAAUUUAUAUCAUUAUAUACAAUCUACACACCCAUUAGCUUUACAAAACAUUAAAUUUAUUUAUCAAGAUAGAAAAAAAUAUACAUUCACCAAAAAUAAAAUAUCUGAUGAUUUUUUAAAUACUGAUCAAAUACCAAUUGAAUCAAGUUUAUUAAAAAAAUAUACAAACAAUGAAGACCAAAAGAAUUGUCACACUCAAAAGGAUAUAACUCAUAAUGAUAUACACAAUAAUAUUCACAAUAAUAAUAAUGAUAUGUGUGAUGAUUUAUCAAAUAAUUCCAUAUUAUGUAUGACCACAAAUAAGUAUAUACCUAAAGAUCAAAAAAUUUGCAGUAUUCCUAAUAAUUAUAUUAUUAAUUAUGAAAAUAUAAUAAAAGAAAUACAAAUAUUCGUAAACCAUUUUAAUAAUUAUUUUAAGGUUAAUUAUUUAAAAUAUAUUUUUAAAAAUAACAUAGAGGAUGAAAUUAAUAAAUUAGAUUCUAUCACCAUCUUAUUAUAUGAUAUAUAUAUAAAACAUAAUUCUUUUUUAAAUUUUAUCAAAUAUUAUAAUUCCUCUUCUAUAUAUUUAAAAUACUGGGAUAUUAAAUUAACACUAAUUAUAACAUACAUACAUUUUAUAUCAAAAUAUAUUAACACAUUACUUUAUAUAUACAAUUUUAAUAAUUCCCUUUUUACCAUAUUACAUAAAUAUUAUAUUGACCACACACAAAAAAAAAAAAAAAAUUGCCACACAACUCAUUCAAAUAAUUAUAAUCAAAAUGGUGAUACUAACCAUCUAUCAAAUCAUGACAAAAAUUUAAACAAUAAUGAAAAGGUAAUACAUAUAGAGGAAAAUAUAAAUAUCAAACAACAUGAUGAACUAAACAAAAAUAAUAUAUCUAAUAUGAAUCAUAUAAAUGAUUUAUAUAUAAAAUAUAAUUAUAAUAACUAUAUGCAAAACAAAAUAGAUUCAUUUUAUAACUCAUCAUCUUUUAUUAAUAAUAUACAUUCAUUUAUUAAAUCUAAAACAUCAGAAAUAUUAAGAAAUCAUUCAAACUUUUUUUUUUAUAAAAAUUAUGAACAUUAUAUUCAAUAUAUUGUAAACAAAGAAAAAUUAAAUCACUUACCAUUAUAUUAUAAAGAUUCAUCCUUUUAUCUUUUUAAUAAUAAUAACAUAAAAAAUAUCAUACUUUAUAGAAAACAAAUGAUACAUGAAUUUAUUAAAAUGUGUACAUCUCAAGAAAAUUACAAUGAACCAUAUUUUCAUUUUAUUGAUAAAAAUAUUAUACACAAAAUAUUAUUUACUAAUAAUAAAUUAUUUAUUCAGCUAGAUAAAAUUAUAAAUAAUAAUAUAAAUACGAAUGAACAACAAAAAAAUAAUACACAUCAUUUUGAAACGCCUACAUUAAAGGAGCAACAAAAAUUAAAUAUUAACACAUUAUAUAACUAUAUAAUGUUAAGUUUUUAUGAAAAUGAUAAUAUAAUGGGAGAUAAUAAAAAUGGUGAUAAUAAAAAUGUUGAUGAGACUUAUAAUCACAAUAGUGAUAAUAACCAUCAUCAUAAUAAUAAUAUAUCUUGUGAUAAAAAUAUUGAUAUAAAUAAUUAUUCUAAUGAAUCCUUUGAAAAAUUAAAAGAACUUAUUAAAAAUACAAUAAACGAUGUAGCAUAUAAUAACUCUAUAUUUAAUUCAUUUGAAAAUAUUUUUAAUUACAAUUUUGUAAUGCAUAUUUAUUCUUAUGUUAGUACUCAUGCCAUAAAAAUGAAAUCGUCUUUAAAUUUAUAUACCUCAAAUAAUGAUACAAAUAAUAGUAUGCAAAAUAAUAUGAAAAAAAAAUACGAUACACAAAAUGAUGAAAAUAUAUAUAAACUUAAAGACAAUAUUAUUAACAGUAGUAUAAAAAUGGAAGAUGAACAAAAAACUAUUGAAGAAUUAUAUAUAAAAGAAUGUUCUGAUUUUAAUUUUAAUGAAUAUGAACAGAAAGAAAAACAAAACGAAAACAAAAAUAAAAAUAUGUGCCUAAUACCAAUUAUAGAUGUAUGCAAUCAUAGUAGUCUUUCUAAUAAUUCAACAAUAAACAAAGAAGACCUCACUGUUAAAUAUGACAAUGUAAAUAAUAAAAUUUGUCAACAUGAUGAGGAUUAUUUAAAAAAUAUACAACAAUAUCAAUAUAAGGAAGAAAUAAAUGAUAGUGUUAAAAAUGGGGUGAAUCAAGAAGAUUCUUUAUCUUUUUAUAGUGAAAAAAAUAAAAAUAAAAAUAAAAAAAAUUAUAUAGAUCAUAAGGAUAAUAAUAAAAACAAUCACAAUAAUCUGAACCCAUUAUUAAUACCCUCUUCCAUAAUACAUAAGAUCCAAAGUGUUCACUUGAUAAGCUCAAAAAAAAUCGAAGAAGGUGAAGAAAUCACCGUGAGCUAUGGAAAUGCUAGCAACGAUCUUUUAUUAUUAGAAUAUGGUUUUAUUGAAAAAGAAAAAGAAACGAAAGUUUAUUUUAAUUUUGAUAUAAAAAUUAUAAGGGAAAUUAUUAUACAAAUAUUAGGAGUUGAUAAACUCCCUUUAAUCAUGUUAGAUAGCUUAGAACAAGUAAAAGUCAACUUAUUUAAACAACUAAAUAUUAUUGAUGAUAAUCAAAGUGUAUAUCAACGUUUUGAUACAAAAAAUUUAGAAAGUGCACAUAUUACAAGAAAAAAAAAAGAAAUCUUUAAUGAUUAUCUAAGGAAAAAUAAAUAUUUUAAUGAAUAUAAUAUAUUUACAAUGAAAGAUCGUAUUAAUAAAUUUUUUAUUGAUGAAAAAUUACAACAUGAUUCUAGAAAAAAAAAUAAAAAAAAUUAUCUUUAUAUUGGUUCUAAUCAUAUUGUAGAUCCUAUUUUAUUAGCUACAAUAAGAAUAAUUAUUUAUGAUGAUAUUAAUCACCUUUCUAAAAUAAACAUAAAUGAGUUAACUUCAUGGAAUCAUUAUUUAUCUAUCGAUUCUGAAAUGGUAGUUAUACAAAUAUUAAUAAAAUUAAUUGAUGAAAUUAUUUAUGAACACUUUUCUUAUAUUAAUUAUGAAUAUAUAUUAAAACAAGGUUUUAUAAAAUAUGAAGACCUAAAAUUUCUACACAAUAAAUUCUUACAAAUCAAUACGUUACACUCUCAUAAAUCUAUAAACCUAUUAGAAUAUAAUAAUUUUUUUAUAACUAUAUAUAAUAUUCUAAAAAUUAAAGAAUUAAAAAAUGCUAAAGAUAAACUUAAUCAAAAAUUUAACCAAAUGAAACAUCUUUUCAACGAACAAAAUAAAAAUGAAAAUAAAAUAAAAUGA